AUAAAAUCGCCAUGACACUCAAGUCAGCAUUAAUCAGCCAGACUUGCUAAUAAGCUUAUUUGUCAGCUACUUCUUCCAUCAUUCCUAUAUAUACCUACCAGAUUUCCAGUACUAUUCUACAUUUAUUCCUAUCCAAUCCAAUUCAACCCUAUAUAGCCACUCCUCACCAACACAACACACGCACACACACACACACACACACACACACACAACCAUGGAUCUCACCACCUCCACCUCAUCCCCCACCACCACCACCACCCCCGAACCCAUCACCGGCAGCUGCCUCUGCGGCGGCAUCCAAUACGAAGUAACCGGCGAACCCAUGAAACGAGUAAUGUGCCACUGCGAAAACUGCCGGAAAUUCUCGGGGUCUAGCUUCAUGGCCAACAGCUUCAUGAAAGAAUCUCAACUAACCAUCAAAUCCGGCGAAUCCCUCAUUCAAAGCUUCAAAGACACGAAAGUGGACUCCGGAAGUACAUUGGAACGACGCUUCUGUCGCGUCUGCGGAUCCCCCGUGUCUGUGACGAGUAGUCGGGCCGAGGGGUUCGUGGUUGUGCCGUCCGGUACGAUGGAUGGGGAGGCGGGCAGCAAGUGGAGGCCUGAGGUGGAGUUUUGGUGUAAGGAGAGGAGGGAGUAUUUGCCUAUGCUGGAGGGGACGCAGAUUUUGGAGACGCAUUAGUGGUUGUCUCGUUUUGAGGGAUGUGAGUAGCCCCGGGGGGGAUGGGGGUUGGAGGUCGUUGUGAGUGAGAGAUGAUAUCCUUUGGUCUCCUUUAUUGGGAGGGUGGGGUGUGUAUAGAUGGGUUAUUUUGGUUACUUGGGAUUGAUGUUGGCAUAUCCUGGAGAUACGGCUUCGGAAUUAUCAAAAUAGAGAGACAACCAUGUCACUGUUAGAUAGAAGACGGGAAACGGAUUAAGCUUGGUUGCUGUGACAAUGAUAACUGGUCAAUGUGGUCAGAGUGAUGUUUUAUCUUUUCUUCUAGGCAUUAUGCACCAUUCCUUCACGAACUAUGCUGAAAGGGAAAGGGAGCUGAG